AUGGUUGCCAUCAAGUCCCUCGCUGUCCUCCUCUUCGCUGCCGCCGCCGCCGCAGGCCCCGGUGCCGGUGGCCAUGGCCAUGGCAGCAAUGUCGACGUCAAAGAUUCCAGCAUCAAGUGUGGAAACCAGGACCAGAAAAUCUACUGCUGCAACGAUAAUACCCACGAGAAGGCUGUCGGCCAAUACACAGGUGUCUUCAACGGACUCAGUGUCAAGUGUAACUCUGUCCCCGUCAAUGUCUUGGCUGGUAAGUUAUUCUUCCGAGAAUCCAAUAUUUGGUCAAAGCUAAUCCAUUGAGUAGUCGAUGUCGUCUCCGCCCAGAAACAAUGCAGUGCCGGAGCUGCCUGUUGUAACGCCGAGUCUGACGAGGUUUGUUCCCAGAUGCUAAUUCGCCAUUUCUUAUGGAAGCUAAUUGAUAUUCUACAGAAUGGUGUUGUCAACAUCGUUACCGGCUGUGUUGCUCCUGUUGUCAACUAA